AUGCAUCGUCUUUUUGCUGAGCUGGAGCUAUCUUUAACCGUCACAGAGCAAAACCUGGCAGAUCGAGUUCGGUAUAUCUUGCGCUCAAAUAUAUUUGAUGUCGCCGAACUCGAACGGCUACGAUGUGAGGCUUUUCCCUCGUCGGAUGAGAAUGCUACGGCUGAGGAUGCGGCACCACAAAUGGUAGAGCAACCCGCAAACGUGGAUGCUGCCGUGAAUACCCCAGUUGUGGUUGAUUCAAACGAUGAUGGAACAGUCGCCCGGGAACUGGAAUUAGAGCAUAUGAGGAGUACAUUGGAAGAGGCGAUUGUGGAAACGCGCAGUACGCCUCUUGAAAAUCGACCGCGACUUCCCCGCAUAGCCCUAAGCAAGCGGAAUCGGGGUGUCGUGAGGGCUCUGAACCCAAUGCUGGUGACCUAUUUGGAAGCCAGCCGGGACCUUUGCGAGACGGACUCAAUUCUUUUUGGCGCCGCGCUGGCAGUCUGCCGUAUCAUAGGCGCCAAGGUUUCCACGGCUGGACGCGCUACUGGCCAUAGUAGCGCUAUCCCAGCAUGGAGAAGAAGAAUUGAGGAACGUAUCGCAAAGGCUAGAGCUCUCAUCGGCAGACUGAUAUGCUUCAGAUCAGGCAUCAACAGGCCAAGAAUUGUGCGCACCGUCAGGAUGGCGUUUGCUGGGACAAAUGUCAGUUUGUUCCAGCCGGAUAUAACGCAAAAACUGACGGAGCGCAUAGAUGAUCUGAAGCAGAGAAUCGCUGCUUGGGGAAAGCGGAUUCGGCGAUAUACCGAGAGGUCGACACGGUUCAACCAGAAUCGUCUCUUCCAGAGUGAUCGGAAGAGGCUCUAUGAAUCAUUGGAGCGACCAAUGGUAAGUGGAACGGGUCCAGCACCGAAUCAGGCCGACACUGUAGCAUUCUGGCGCGGCCUGUGGUCAGAGCCCGUAAACCACAGCGAGGGCCCUUGGACGGAAGUUGUGGCGAGUCAGUGUGCGGGUGUUACGCCCAUGGACCCCGUCAUCAUAACGCCGGAUGACGUAGCUGAGGCGGUCCGUAGGGCCCCGAACUGGAAAAGUCCGGGGCUUGACGGGCUGCAUCACUACUGGCUGAAGGGGUUCAUGGUGUGUCACUCUGUGCUCGUCCGACAGGUUCAAGAGGCUCUCAACCAGAAGUCGCUCCCAAGCCUCUUCACUACUGGGAUCACUCAUUUGGUUCCUAAAGACCAGGUUAAGGAAAUUUUGUUUUGGAAUUCUGUAAUCGUCUUCAAUGGCUUUAGCAACAUUUUGAACCUCUUCAACAUGAACAACUUCAUAACCACGUUAUUCAGCUACAUCGUACUUAUCAAGGCCGCUCAGCAGCAACCGGUCAACAUUUUGGAGACUAUCGGCCAAGGUCUCCAGAAAGAAAUCUCACCUAUUAAGCAGCCCAUAGAUGAAACAAUAGCUGCUAUAGGAUCCGAGAAAUGUGCCAACGUCAAGAAGAUACUUGGUGUAGCGUACGAGCAGCUGGAAGGCGUGCGAGAGCCUGACUUAAAUGCACUCACAGUUAUGGUUAAAACUCGAGCCAGCAACCUAACAUACAACAUCAGCGAGGCGGUCGAUUACAUCACCCAAGCGCGCAGUUACGACCCGGGCCACAAGCUCAUCAUCUUCGUACACGGCUUCACCGACGACCCCACCAAGGAAAGCUUUCUCAACAUCAGCGAGGCCUUCCUAAGUAAAGGUGAGGUUUGUGUGAUGGCUCUGGAUGGCAGUUCCCUAAUCCGCUGGCUUUACCUUCGGUCCACUACAUAUGUAAGGUUUAUGGGCAGAAAAGUAGGAGAGGUGCUCGCUUCUAUGGUUAAUAAAGGCACAAACGCGUCAACGAUCCACAUGAUCGGGCACAGUUUGGGCGCGCACAUCUCCGGGUUCGCCGGCAAGACAUUGGAGCGGUUAACUGGCAAACGGUUGGGCCGGAUAUCUGCGCUGGAUCCUGCCGGUCCCUGCUUCAGCCACGUGUCACCAGAGCUGAGGCUCAAAAACACGGACGCUGACUUUGUGGAUGUCAUCCACACGGACAGUGGAGUUUAUGGGCUGAAAGAUUCUAUAG